GAGAACAUCAAAAUUAUUGUUUUUCUCAUUCUUUACUUUCUCAUUUCUUUAUUUAUCUAAGCAGCAACUUGAAGAUCUCUGAUAAAAUAUUAAAGUGAUACAAACCUGUGUAACAUCAUCCACAAAAUGAUGGCAAGUCGUUGAGAAGUCGAUGGAAAAAAAAGAAAAGCAAUUUACGCUACGUCUUUCAUGUAAAUAUUGUGUGAAAAUGUGCUUUGCGUCAUUUAAAGUUGUGCUGUGAGAUUUUUUUCGUUUUCUCCACCAACGCGACGUGAACGUCGAUGUUAUAAAAAAUAAUAAAUUUCAUCGCUGAAAAAGUGAAUACAAAAGAAAAAAAAAAGAAAAAACCAAACAAGUGGCAGACGACAAAGAAUAAAAGAAAAAUUGCGAUGAUCUGAAAUUUGAGAUAAACAUAAAUUUUAAAGAAAAAAAAAUUAUGCUGCUUGCAACCCUCGCGGCUUUUCGAUGAAGAUGUAGAAAGAUGGUGGGGGUGUAAUUUGAGGAUGUUAAAGAAAAGCAAGAAGUAAUUUUUAAUAAGUGAAAAUAAGUAAGUGGAAUUUAUUCGAGAUAAGAAACAGGGAUGUUGAGCUUCUGGCGAAUAUCCUAAGCAUUGUAAUAACAUAAAGUGUCGGAGAUGGAUAAACACGAAGUGAGAAACUAAAUUCAGCCUUCGCCUUUUUAAAAUAAAUAAAGAGACGAAAGAAAGAAAAAAGGCAACAAGAAUCUCAUCCGUAAUCUGAAAAAGUGAAGUAAAGAAGAAAACUUUACUUAAACGUUAUAGUGAAGCAAACAUAAUUUGUAAUUUAAAGAAAGCUUACUCACACUGACUGGAUUAUACAACGAUUUAGUCAAAAAUGAUUUUUGGAUACCAUCUCAACAUUGCAUUAAUAUACCUAAUACUCCUGCACAGCAAAAUGAAAGAAUCUUGGAGCUUCACGUCAACAAUAGAACCCGCCUCGUCUUAUUUAAUGCCAUAUUUUGAUUUUGAUGUACAGAGAAAUAUAACUGUAACCAUAGGACAAACUGCCUUUUUACAUUGUAGAGUUGAAAGACUUGGUGAUAAAGAUGUAUCUUGGAUUAGAAAGCGUGAUUUACAUAUUUUAACGACUGGAACAUCAUCGUAUACAAGUGACCAGCGAUUUCAGGUGAUAAGAUCCCAUGACUUUGGUAAUUGGACGCUGCAAAUAAAGUAUCCCCACUUAAGAGAUAAUGGGGUUUACGAGUGCCAAAUAAACACCGAACCUAAAAUGUCCUUGUCGUAUGUGCUGAAUGUUAUAGAAAUAUCUCAUGUCUGGUGCCAUAGAACAUCGUUGGAAACUUUUCAAGUUUUAAUCCUACUCGUUGCAGAAUUAAAAGCCCGUGUUCUUGGCCCUUCUGACUUGUAUGUAAAAUCCGGGAGUGAAAUAACAUUAAUCUGCAUGUUGCAGCAAGGACCACACGACUUGGGCACAAUAUAUUGGUACAAGGGAAGCGAUAUGAUUCAAACUAGGUUACAUGAGAACGACAUAAAUUCUGACGAUGUGAACCGGAUCAGUGUUGACACUGAUUCAUCAGACGGAUUAACAUCGAGGCGAACAUCCCGCAGCGAUGCAGCAUAA